AUGAAAAGUACAAUUCUACUAUUUUGUCUCCUGGGAUCAACUCAGUCAUUACCAAAGCAGCUUAACCCCACUGUGGGACUUGCUCCAACAAAACCAGCUCCAGAUCAGGUGACCCUUCUAACUCAACAGCAGGCAAAUCAGGUCUUCCCUUCUUUAAGUCUAAUACCAUUAACACAGUUGCUCACGCUGGGAUCAGAUCUGCAACUGCUGAACCCUGCUACAGGUCUGGCACCUGGGGCCCAGACCCUCCCAUUGACCUUGGGGGCAUUAAAUGGACAACACCAGCUGCAGUCACAGAUGUUACCAAUUAUUGUAGCACCACUUGGAACCCAGGGUGGUAUCCUAAGCUCAGAAGAAUUGCCAUUGGCCUCACAGAUCUUCACAGGCCUCCUUAUCCAUCCCCUGUUCCCAGGAAAAACAGCAGGGUGA